UAAACCCUAACCCUUAACUCAACAAUGGCUAUUGCUCCAUCUGUCACUUGUCUCCUUCUGACCUCCUCUCUCUUACUUGCUUCUUGGUUUAUUGCCAUUGAAGCACAAAGCAGACCUCCAAUAGUGAAUGGUCUCUCCUGGACAUUCUACCAAUCUUCUUGUCCUAAACUUGAAUCCAUCAUCAGAAAUGAGCUCAAGAAAAUUUUCAAGGAGGACGUUGGCCAAGCUGCUGGGUUGCUUCGUCUACACUCCCAUGACUGCUUUGUUCUGGGAUGUGAUGGAUCUGUGCUGCUUGAUAAAUCCAAUGAAAGAUCUGAAAUUCCCAACUUGACAAUGAGAAAAGAGGCAUUUAAGAUCGUCAAUGACCUCCGCGAGCGUGUUCAUAAGCAGUGUGGCUGUGUCGUCUCUUGCGCUGAUAUUCUUACAAUCGCCGCUCGUGACUCCGUUUUCUUGACCGGCGGUCCUGACUACGAUGUCCCGUUGGGAAGACGAGACGGAGUGAAGAUGGCAGAAGUAAAUCAAACUUUUGUUGACUUGGUAGCACCCUUCGCCACCACCGGCACAGUCCUGGCGAAAUUUGCUAGAAAGGGCUUAGAUGCCACUGAUACAGUAGCCCUCUCAGGUGCCCACACCAUCGGAAUCAGCCAGUGCAGCUCAUUCACCGAUCGUCUUUAUCCCAGGCAAGACCCCAACAUGGACAAAAGCUUCGCAAAUAAUCUCAAACAAAUUUGUCCCAGACCAAACUCCAAUGCUGUUACAGUACUGGACAUUCGAACUCCCGACAUAUUUGACAACAAAUACUUCGUUGAUCUUAUGAACCGUCAGGGUUUAUUUACCUCAGACCAAGACCUGUUCAUAGAUGCCAGGACAAAGGACAUUGUUACAAGCUUUGCUGUUAAUGAAGGUUUGUUCUUUGAGAAGUUUGUUCUUGCCAUGAUCAAGAUGGGGCAAAUCGAAGUGUUGACAGGCGGACAAGGUGAAAUUCGUGGAGAUUGCUCAGUGAGGAAUUCUGAUAAUAAUAAAUUGGCGUCUGUGGUAGGAGAGGAUUUAGGUUCAUCUUCUAAAAUGAAAUAAAAACAAGAAGUGAACUUGAAUGAAUUACUAGUCCAGAAUGAUAAUUAAGGUUGUUGGGUUUGUGUACCUUGUCGGGUUUAUGUAGUUUUGACUUGCUCUUGUGGGGCUUACUCGAGUUGUCGUCUGAGUUGGUUUAUGUACUUGACCCUGCUAAGCAAAUGAAGGACUAAUUGCAGUUU